AUGCUCUCAACUCCGGUGAAAGAUCCGGACAGUUCGUUAUUGGAAGUUUUUAGUACGCCGAUCGGAGAGCUGCAACAAUCGAGAAGAAAGAUGGCGGAAGAGUUCGACAUUUUGGUGAAACAACGUGGUGCAGUGAAAGGAAAAAUCACCCGGAUUAAGAACGUGCUGGGCCAGCACACGCAAAACCAAACGAUUCCGGAUGAGUUCCUCCUGCACACCCAGCUGAAGACGAUUGACGCAGCCUACGAGGAAUUCAACCACUUCCAGAAUAAGAUCUACGCGGCCAAGCCAGCGGAAGCGGAUGACCAGGAGAAGAAGUAUGUCGAAUUUGAAGCGGAUUACAAUUUCGUUCGGGCCAAGGUCUGCCAGUUACUGCGUGGGGUCAAACAAGAACCGGACCCCCAGCCUCCGGCAGCAGCCCAACCCGUGCGAGUGCAAGCGACAUCUUCUCUCCACACGCCGCUGCCAUCUUUCGACGGGAAGCCAGAAAACUGGUACAAAUUCAAGGCCAUUUUCACGGAUGUCAUGAGCAAGCACCCCGGCGAGUCAGACGCAACCAAGCUCUAUCAUUUGGACAAGUGCCUGGUCGGAGAAGCCGUUGGGUCAAUCGACCAGCAAACGAUCAACGACAGCGACUUUGCUGCUGCUUGGGCGGAACUGACCGAGCAAUACGAGAAUAAGAGGAGGAUCGUUGACAUUCACGUCGGCGGUUUACUUAACCUCAAACCGAUGACAUCUGAAAGUGGUAAACAACUCCGUGAGCUGGUGGACGGGUGCAAACGGCACGUAAGUGCUUUGAACUUCCACGAGUUCCCGAUGGCUGGCCUUGCGGACAUUCUGGUGGUCAACAUUUUGGCGUCGAAGCUUGACAUCGAAACGAGGAAAGUGUGGGAGACAAGCAUCGAGCACGGCGAGAUUCCGAACUACGCCGACACGGUGAAGUUUCUCACAACCCGGAGUCAAGUUUUGGAACGCAUCGAGCUUGCUGACAACAAGCAGAAGAAGCCUGUCGCAGCAAAGACAACGAAGAUUCCCGCACUGAAGGCAUCGUCCCUGGCGGCGUCGGUCGAGUACCGGUGCGCAUUUUGCGGACAGGAGCACCAGAACCACGAGUGCGGCGAAUAUCUCAAGCUGGAUCCGAAGGAGCGCUACGAGAAGGCGAAGCAAACUGGAGUUUGUUUCAAUUGCUUAAAGAAGGGGCACAUUACGCGUCGCUGCUCCUCGACGAAGACGUGCAAGGCCUGCAAGAAGCGGCACCAUUCUACACUACAUCUGAACGAAACGGGUGUCGCUGUCGAGCAGCCACUUGCACGAUCCACGCAGAACUCCACGACGGCUACGCCGAGCGCAGGACCAGCCGGAACGACGGCGGUCACAGCCUCCUGUGUGAUCUACCAGCAACGGGCGCUUCUCUGCACGGCGAUUGUGAACAUCCUCGACGACGGUGGCAAGGCCCUGCCCUGCCGCGUACUGCUAGAUUGCGGUUCACAAGUGAAUCUGUGUACGGAGAAGGUCGCGUCGCUACUGCGACUGAAGCGACGAAGUGUGAACGUCGACGUCAAAGGUGUGGAUGGUUCAACGACCAGGGUUACAGCCUUGGUGCACAUCAACGUGCAGUCCCGAGACAACGUCUACACAAGCAACUUGGAGUGUCUGGUGAUCAACCGUAUCACUGGAACCAUACCUGCGAAGAACAUCGACAUCUCUACCUGGCCGGUACCCGCCGGCCUGCAGCUAGCGGUUCCGGAGUUCUACCGCCCUCAACGGGUGGACAUGCUGAUUGGCGUCGGCCAAUUCUUCGGUCUCCUGAAAACUGGUAAGGUCAAGCUGGCAGAGAGCCUGCCGUUUUUGCAGGAGACAGUGUUCGGAUGGGUAGUCGGUGGCCUGGCCGACUCCACGAGCUGGAAGUACGAAGUGACCCGCUGCAACGUGGCGGUCCAAGACGCUGAGCUGAACGACCUCGUCGAACGGUUCUGGGAAUCCGAGGCGGUGCCGACCGCUUCAAGGAUGUCGUCGGAGGAGACGGCAUGCGAGCAGUGCUACGAGCAGACCCACAGCCGUGACCCGAGCGGUCGCUACGUCGUGAUGCUACCCUUCCGUGGCAACGUGAGUCAACUCGGCGACUCGAAGCAGCACGCACUACAACGCUUCUCGUACCUCGAGAAGAAACUAGCCAAGAACGCGGACCUGAAGGCGGCCUACUGCGCUUUCAUGGAAGAAUACGUGCGCCUCGGCCACUGCCGCGAAAUCGACCCGUCCAAGGAGGAAGAUGGUGGGUACUACCUGCCCCACCAUGCCAUACUGAAGCCAAGUUCGUCCACCACCAAGUUGCGCACAGUUUUUGACGCCUCGGCACAAACGAGUUCCGGACUCUCGCUCAACGACACCCUGAUGGUCGGUCCAACCAUUCAAGAUCCGUUAUUCGAUAUCGCCCUUCGAUUCCGGACGUACCCGUACGUGUUUACGGCGGACAUCUCGAAGAUGUACAGAAUGGUUCGGGUGCACCCCGACCACACGAAGUUUCAACGUGUGUUUUGGAGAACGGACCCUUCCGAGUCACUCAAAACGCUCGAACUGUUGACCGUCACUUACGGGACGGCAUCAGCGCCAUACUUGGCGACCCGCACGUUGAAACAGCUCGCCCAAGACGAAGGACAAGCCUACCCUCGCGCUGCCAAGAUUUUGGAGAACGAUUUCUAUAUCGAUGACGCACUUGCGGGUGCUGAUACACUGAAGGAGUUGCUGCUGGCGCGCGACGAACUGGAGGAGCUGCUGGAGAAGGGAGGCUUCGAGCUCCACAAGUGGUGCUCCAAUUCCGCCGAGUUUCUUGACACCAUUCCAGACGAACGACGAGAGAAGCAAGUGUCAUUCGAAUUGAGUGGCGUGAACGAAAUGAUCAAGACUCUCGGCAUUCUGUGGAACCCCACCAGUGACAAACUGCUGUUCCGCGUCGCUCUCACUGACUUGACUCAACCGGUUUCCAAACGUCGCAUCCUGUCGGAAGUUGCCAGAUCUUUUGACCCGCUAGGUCUGCAAGCACCGGUUUGUGUCACCGCUAAAUUGAUCCUGCGUCAGUGUUGGCGAAAGUGUCUUGGGACGAGCAACUGUGCAAGGUGCUUACGGAGCUAUGGAACAAAUUUCGUGGAGGACUGCGAGCGCUGA